AACUUAGGGGAGAGUGGGGACGGUUGCAACAUGUGGCAGUUGCAACACUGAGGAUUCCUCCAAUCAGAAACGAGCUACAGUGAUGACACUCAUUUUGCACAUGCUCAGUGAGACCCUCUUUCUUCCUGCAACUUUUCAGCAAGAUUGGAGCAUCUGUUCUGGAAGAACCAGAAAUCAAGUAUGCCACGAAACAGAGAGCGAAAGACAGAUAGGGGUGUCCCUGUACAAGUGCUCCUUUUGGCGGCAGAGGUGAUCAGGAGUGAGGGCAGGUCAGCGAGGUCUGUGGCGAAGGAGUUUGAAAUCUGUCACACAACACUGUACCGAUUCUGCAAGAAAUUAGAGAGGGCAGGUCCAGGUGAAGAGAUCAGGACAGGAUACUGGACGCCAAGGAGGGUUUUUACAGCUGAACAGGAAGCUAUUUUGUCGAAUUACCUUAAGACAGCUGCAGAUAUGUUUUAUGGGCUGUGCACUAAAGAGGUUCGUCGUCUGGCUUAUCUGCUGGCUGUCAGGUAUGGAUGCCAAUACCCAGGGACAUGGGAUGAGCCAGGCCUGGCUGGCCGCGAUUGGUUGAUGGGCUUCCUACACCGCCAGCCAACCUUGUCAAUAAGGCGCCCCCAAGCCACCAGUCUUGCCCGUAAUAUACACUUCAAUAGGCACAAUGUGUCCUUGUUCUUCAAUAAUUUAGAUGAAGUCCUCCGAAAGAACAACUUCCAGGGAGAGGACAUAUGGAACAUGGAUGAGACUGGCAUUACCACUGUUCAGAGGCCAGAUCAGGUUGUCGCCGUGGCCCCUCAAGUUCCUGCCAGUCUGUCCUCCUCUUCAGUGGCCCCUCAAGUUCCUGCCAUUCUCCCCUCCACCUCAGUGGCCCCUCCAGUUCCUGCCAGUGUGUCCUCCUCUUCAGUGGCCCCUCAAGUUCCUGCCAGUCAGUCCUCCUCCUCAGUGGCCCCUCAAGUUCCUGCCAGUCAGUCCUCCUCCUCAGUGUCCCCUCCAGUGCAAGGUGGUCUCCCCUCAAAUUCUGGCCAGUACUUCGAUGUACACAUGUUUUCACCUGAGCUCAUCCGACCCCAUCCCAAAGCGACCCAACGCAAGGCAAAGGAAAACGGCAGGAGAAAACGAAAGUCAACAAUUCUGACAGAUACCCCUGAAAAGAAGGCGUUGGAGGAAGAAAACAAAACAAAGAAAGGAAAGAGAAGGCUGAGCCAGAGCACACUGCAGCCGCAGCCAAUUGGAAAUACUGAGGAAAUGAGAGGAAAGAAAAAGCAAAAGCAAAAGAGGAAAAACAUUGAAAGAGAUAGCCAUUCAGAGGAGGCCUUUUGCAUUGUUUGCUUGGAGAGCUACUCAAAGCCCAAGGAGGUGUGGCUACAAUGUCUAAUGUGUCAGAAGUGGGCUCAUGAAGCCUGCACUGAUGGCAGCUCAGUGUACGUUUGCCACAAUUGUGAGACCGAAAGUGAUUAAUUUUCUGAUGGUGUCUGAUGUUUUCCAAUGUCUAGUGUUAUGUUAUAUUGUUAUGUUAUGUUAUGUUGUUAUGCUAUGUUCAGUUAAUUCAAGACAAAAAAGUUCAUCCAGGCACUCUAUUUCUAUUUCUAUUAUCAAUUUGUUAACAACUAAAAUGUAAUUGACAGAAAAAAAAGUCUGUGAUUUUGUAUGGUUCUUAUGAUAGGCUAUAUUAUUGUUAUUAUACUAUUGCUUAUAUUAUUAUUAUUAUUAUAAUAAUGAUAAUUAUUAUUAUUAUUAUUAUACUAUUGCCUUUUCUUUUUGUUACUAAGAUAAUGAAAUAAAAAAGGAUAAAUGAU